GAUGGAGAAAAAGAAAAUUCUGAUGAAAUCCAAGGUUGCUGCUCCCAACCUCUUGAGGGCACUGCAUUCUCUGUACCGGUUCGGCCACCUCUGUGACGUGACGGUUCACACACAACAUCUAGGAAUUCAGGAGGAGUUUCUGGUUCACAAGGCUGUCUUGGCAGCUUCCAGCAAUUAUUUCAAGGGGCUUUUCCUGCACGAUGAGAUGCUGGACACCAAGAACUGCACAGUGACUCUGCAAGACAUUUACACGGAGGAGUUCACCUCCUUCCUGGAGUUUAUUUACACUGCAGAAGUGGAGAUUGAAGCAGAGAAACUGCAACGGAUGAAAGAAAUAGCCGAAAGACUUGAAUGCAAGGAUUUGCUUGACAUUUGUGAAGAAGUGAAAGCAGAGGGCAGGAAGGGUUUGAGCCUCCAUCUGAAAGGUCAGCUGUGUGAAAACGGUGCGCCGCAGUGGCCUCAUGUCCAGCAAGAGGGGAUCCGCAAACGGAGUAACUCCUCCUCCCAGGUUGUGGCAAUGCCCAUGCAGAGGAAACUUUGGGAUAGGCAAAAACAUAAAAGGUUGCUGGCUGGCCAUGAUCUCGUUGAAGGCCAGGCAGCAAGGCUGGAGCAAGAGGACACUGCUUUUCCAGGUCCAAAAUCCAGGACAGCAAAGCUACUGAAAUGUAACAAGGCAGAUGCCAGAAACAAACUCAGCCUGGAAAACGAGACGAGUCCUUCUCUCCUAGGUCAGACUGAGUCAAAGGAAGCCUGCGUAGUGAUUGGGAACAUGCUGCCUGAGCAGUGGGAAGAUGAAACCGGUUUCAUUUCCAAAUUUGCCAGUAAAACCGAACGCAGGAAAUCGCUGCGGCAAGUGGCGAAAGCCUCGCCGCAGAUGGCGUGCAAGAAGUGCAACGAGUCGUUCCACGUUCUCGAGCAGUACCGGUCACACAUGGAGCUCGGCCAUGACGGCGGUCUGGCCGUCACGUUUGAGCGCCGGAAGGACGCCAGCGGCCACAUCCGCAGGGUGCACGGGAAGCAGCGGGAUGCCCAGGCCUGCCCGUUCUGCCGCAAGGUCAUCAGCUCCCAGUGCGGCCUGCCGGCCCACCUCCGAACGCACGCUGGGGAGAAACCUUACAGGUGCGAGCGCUGCCCCGCCAGCUUCGCGCAGAGGUCCGCGUACAGCGCUCACGUGAGACCGAACGCAGCGAGCCGUGACAGAGAUCCUGACGGAGACGAGUGGGAUGGGACAUCGGAGGCUGAACAACGGAAAUGUGCGAGGCAUGGAGAGGCCACAAGUGGUGAGGAAGAACCCGGGGGUCCAGCUGUUACCGAAGCAGACUGCAGCAAUGAGCAAGAGCAACGGAAACAGGAAUACAAGGAAGCUGGAGCAAGAAGUGAAAAAACGAGUGAAGAAGGGAGUGAAGAUGAAGGUGGAAUGAGCGUGAAGGGCGAGGAGGAGGUGGAUUACGAGGCGGGGUGUUCGGAAGCUGAAGACAGUAGAGAUAAUGAGGAGGUCUGCACUGAGGAGGACGAUGAGGAGGAUGAGUACUCUAACGAGAAGGAUGGUGAGGAGCAUGAGUCAGAUGGAGAGUUUAAAAUAAAGACAGUAAAUAAAAGCGAGGUGAAUAACAAAUCCGCCUAUGUGAUAACGUGUGACAAGUGUAAGGAGCAGUUUGUUUCCCGGAAGAAGUACGUGGAUCACUGCAGAGACGUCCACCAGUGCUUGCCCGGUAAGGUCUAUCGGUGUGACGUCUGCGGCAAGUCGUUCGCCAGCUCCAACAGCUGGAAGGAGCACCGGGCGUGCGUGCACAGCGAGGAGCGGCGGUUCGCCUGCACCCUGUGCAGUGCCACGUUUAAAAGGAAGAGGGACGUGAGGACGCACUGCGUGCGGAAGCACGAAGGCAGAGUCAGACGUCCUCUCUGCUCUGUCUGCGGGAAGAUCCUCAGCUCCCGGACAGCACUGGUGUUCCACAUGCGGACGCACACGGGGGAAAAACCCUACGAAUGUGGCAUUUGUCACGCAAAAUUCGCUCAGCCGUCGCAGCUUAAGAUCCACACCAGGUCCCAUACAGGGGAAAAGCCAUACAUUUGUGAGGACUGUGGGGCUUGCUUUGCUGAUAAAGGCAAACUCACUGGCCACAAAAGGACCCACACAGGAGAGCGCCUCUUCAGAUGCGAUGUGUGUGGGAAGCAUUUUGCCACCAACGAAUACUUGAAAUGCCAUAAACGGUGCCACAUGGGUGCCAAGCCCUACAAGUGCGAGGUUUGUGGGAAGACCUUUGGACUGCGAGCCUCGCUCGCCCAGCACAGCAACGUCCACGCAGAGACCCGUCGGUAUUUCUGCGAGCAGUGCGGGAAGACGUUCACCCAGCAGGGUGCCCUCCGGCGCCACCAGCGCAUCCACACCGGGGAGAAGCCGUACCAGUGCCGUGCUUGCGAGAGGACCUUCACCGACAUGUCCACCCUGCGCAGACACGUGUCG